AUGGAGAAGAGUGCCCCAUCAGUGGAAGGAAGUGAUUCUGAUACUUGUGUGUCCAAAUCAUCGGGAUCGCAGCUCUUACCUAUUGGAGGAAUAUCUAUUGAUCUUAAUCUUCCAAUGCCAGUGAAAGAGAAAGAGAACUGUCACCAUUUCUCGAUACGUGGAUAUGUAGCUGAGAUGAGAAAGAAGGACAUGAAAAUUUGUUCACCCUUUGGAUCAAGUAGUAAGCCCGAGGAUCAACUUCCUCCUAUAGACAUUCCCAAAUUUAAGUCGUGGCGAUGUAAGAAGUGCAUCAGUGAGGUGGGAGCUGAAGGUGCAGGAGACGAAAUGUGUGUACAUAAGGCCUCUACUAGUGGUGUGCAAUAUUUAUUGCCAGAGAUGAAGCACGUGUCCGAUUCACGGAAAGGUGACAAAAACAAAGCGAUUAUGGAAGAUUAUAUUGAUACUGAUGAUAAUGACUACAUAUUGUCAUGGAAACGCAGUAAAGAGAAAUGGACUGUAGUUCAAAAUACGACUGUCAAAGCUGUUCCCAGAAGUGUUAGAGAAGAGGAGACUGGCAAUCCAGCUACUGAGCAAUGCUCAACUCAAGAAACAAAAACAAAGAGCCCAGCUGCUAAUACAAAGAUUGCGGAUUCUGAGUCAAAUGAUGAAAGUGAUGAAGAAGUUCCUUAUGAUAUUGAUCCAGAGAUAGAAAUAGGCUCGCAAAAUGUUGACCAGAAAACUCCUUCAAUCACUUCAGAUGAAAUAGAAGUACUUGGUAGCCAAGAAAGAGUUCUUAAUAUGAGCAAUGUGAAUUUGAAUAGAUCACCUUCUGUUGAAUUGAUAGAGGGCACUGAAACAUCUAAGGGAAGUGAUGAAAAUUUGGCAGUAAAUAGUCAAUGUGAUUUGCAUGAGGAUAUUGCAAAUGACAUACCGCGCAGGAAAACUCGUAAGUUGCGCUUGUUGGCUGAGAUAUUGCUGGGUGAAAAUGCCAAUUUGGAGAUGAAUUGUGCCAAUGCAGAACGAUGUUCGGCAAAUACCAUGCCCAUAGUGCUUUCUGAUGAAGAUACAGUUGGUGCACCUAAGGAUAAGGUAUCAUUUCUUAAGGAUGCUAGAAAGGGUAACAAGACUUCUCAGAAGAAGAGAAGGACGUCUCAAGAAGAUAACCGCAAGUCAGAGAUGAACUUAGAUGGUAAGAUGGCUAAAAGAUCCAAGGCCUUCAAUAAAAAAGCUGAGAGGAGGAGUUCUAUGGAGAUUGAAGUUUCUGAUUCACGUGCAAUUGAGAAUGGAUCAGUCAAAGAACGUCCACAGAGUCGCAGCAAAAGUGCGAAAAUAAAGCAUAGAAGUGAUCAUAAGGACUCUAGAGUAAAUAAAAAGAAACAUAAGAAGGAUCAACUUGUCAGUGGAAGUUCUCCUCAAAUGCUCCCGGAGGGGAAAAGCACUGGUAUUAGCACAAAUGGAUAUGAUGGUGCUAACAUUCUCUUUCAAUCUUCAAAUGCUUCCACCGCUGAAGAAGUUGAAACUCAUUUGAGGAAUGAGUCAUUGCAUGGAAAAGAGAGAAACUCUGAUUUAUGCUUGCUUGAAGUUAGAAAUGCCUCUUCUCCUAUGAAUGUAGCUCAAGACAAAAAUUUGCAAAGAGAAAGUUCGAGGAAUGAUGUUGUACAAAUGCCGACUGGUAUGGGAGUGGUGACUUCUCAGCUAGAAAAUGAGUUAUCUGCUAAUGCGAAGUUAGACCUGUCUUUGAGCAGAUCCAAGGAUGCUGAGAAACGUGUUGAAAAUGAUAUUAUCCAAAGCAAAAACAGGACAAAUUGGCAGUUGAGUCUACAAAAUAGCAGUAAGAGUUGUGAUCCGAAAGAUAACUCUUUCAUGAGACAGUCAAAUGUAUCUGAAUCAGGCCAAUCUUUGAGGAAAGGCGUGAACGCUCUUGUAAGACAGUCAAAUGUGUCUGAAUUAGGUCAAUCUUCGGGGAAAGAAGUGAACUCUCUUGUAAGACAGUUAAAUGUGCCUGGGUCAGGUCAAUCUUUGUGGAAAGGCGUGAACUCUCUUGUAAGACAGUCAAAUGUGUCUGAAUCAGGCCAAUCUUCGAGGAAAGGAGUGAUUUGUGACCUGAACCAGGGAAUGUAUCAAACAUCAUCAGUGUGGCAACAGAUUCAAAUCUCACCUGAUCCGCUUCAAAGGGGAAAUAUUCAAAUGCCAAACCGAAUGGAAACGCCUCAGCCUUGCAGAAACGCAAACCUUAAUGGAGUUCAAGGUUCGUCAUCUGUAAUUAAGCUGCAUAGAAGUCAUCAGUCUAAGAAGGUUGUUGAAAAAAGGCCAAUUGAGAUUGUAGAGCUGUUGAACAACAACCAUGAAAGGAGUCUUCCCCUGACCAGAAGUAAUUUAGUGAUUGAAAGAAAUGAUAAUGGAGCAGUUACAUGGUUAAAUCCUAGUUUAACCGGUUUUCAUCCAGUUCAUGCAAAUGUAAAUGCUGAUGUUGGAGUAUGCAGAGGCUAUAUCCCCCACUUAUCUAAUGGUAAAGUGAACAGCGCUGAGAUGACUCAGGUUCAGGAGCCACAGUUCAAACUGUUCGGCAAUUUAAAACAAAGUCAGCAGAAACCAUCAAACGGAGGGCAAGUUUCUGCUCCUGUUCCCAUCAGAUGGGGGUCGCAACAUGGUGAAGGAUCAAAACCUGGAGGGUUUCCCACUAGGCAGCAGAGCAUAUUGUUUGGACAAAAAUAUCUCCAUCCGAAAGGGAGGACUAUCAGUGACAUAAAGAGUAUGGAUUCUGAAAGCCAGAGCAAGUGGCAUCAAACUUCAAAUCCUUAUUCUAGUGAGACCAUACCAGCAUUGCAGUUACUCGGUCGUGUGGAUCAAACAACUCCAUUACCUCCUGCUUUCAAUGUGGUUCAACAGCAAUCUUUCUCUGCCUGCAACUAUCCCCCGCGGAUUUACAUGGAUGGAAACCAAAGUGUUCACGAUGGAUCAUUCUUAUCACGUCAUCAUCCCAAGGAGUCUUCUGGUGUUCGCAUUGGUGGUUAUACUGCUGGUAAUAGCUCACAACAGCCUUUUACGUACUUAAAUGAUCAAGUAUCUCAUGCACCGGUGCAACUUGGCGGAAGAAAUUUGCAGCAAUCUGUGUGUUCAAGUGGCCUCUGGCGGAGCACUCGAGAAGUUGUUGGUACAUCAAGUUCAAUGGUGCAUUCGUUGCAGACUGAAAAUGCUUCCAGGUCAUUAGACAGCAGUACCCCUAUAACUACUGUAUUGCCUGUCUCUAUUAUUCCAAAAAAGAAUCCUCCUUGCCUUUUAAAUCAAAACCCUGCUGAAAUUGCUCUCGCUGAUAAUGAAAAGUAUCUCAGAACUGCAGAGGAUCAGGACAUUAGGAAUAAGAGCUCAUCGCGAGAGAAAUCUGGAGCUGUUCGUAUGGAUGGGCGAAAGCAGCAGAGGAAAAAAAACCGACCAGGGAGAAUGCCUCUAGAAUGCCGCCGAGCACCAUGA